UAUCGAGCAGAAGAAUCCACUUGCCGGCAUCAUGGGCAACCCGUUUUAAUAGGACUAUAUAAAAAGGGUGACAUUAACCUGGGAGGGCUAUUCCCCAUUCACUUCAGAGUAGUUAAACCUGAUCAUUCUUUUAGCUACAAAGUUGAAUCAUCUAAAUGUGAAGGUUUUGAUUUCAGAGCCUUCCGGUGGGUGCAGACAAUGAUUUUUGCCAUUGAAGAAAUAAACAACAACACUGAAUUGCUCCCUAAUGUCACAUUGGGCUAUACCAUUUCUGACACCUGCUCUACUUACCUGAAUGCACUGGGAGCAGCUAUGACACUUGUGACUGGAGAUGAGGAAGCUGUGUCUAACUCCAUGUGUGGAAAAGCCCCACAAGUACCUGUGAUUAUUGGAGAGGCAGGUUCAACGGCUUCCAUGAUUAUAGCCAGAACACUUGGAGUUUUCAGAAUUCCAAUGGUUAGUUACUUUGCUUCCUGUGCAUGCCUCAGCAACAGAAAAGAAUUUCCAUCAUUUUUCAGAACAGUUCCAAGUGAUAACUUUCAAGCCAGAGGACUGGCCAGGCUCCUCAAACUGUUUGGCUGGACUUGGGUAGGAGUAAUAGCAGGUGAUGAUGACUACGGCAAAUUUGGAAUACAGUUAUUCAGGGAAGAAAUAAAACAUUCAGAUAUCUGUGUUGCCUUCUCUGAAAUCAUACCCAAGGUAUAUUCUAAGAACAAGAUCAUACAAAUUGUCAAGACAAUUAAGCAAUCUACUGCAAAAGUCAUUGUUACGUUCGCCAUUGAGGGUGAUAUUUAUUCAGUACUUGAGGAAGUAAUACGUCAAAACAUAACUGACAAACAAUGGAUUGCAACCGAAGCCUGGAUUACAUCUGCGUUGGUCUCAGCCAAAGAAAACUUUAAAUCUCUGGGAGGGACCAUAGGAUUUGCGAUCCGCAAGGCAGAAAUCAAGGGGCUGAAAUCUUUCCUUUGCAGAAUCCAUCCCCAUGCAGAUCCAGCUGACCCAUUCAUUGUAGAAUUUUGGGAAACAAUGUUUGGAUGCUCACUAGACUUUUCAGUAAAUGAAACUGUUGCAUCUCUAUCUUCUAAGACAAGAUGUACAGGUUUGGAAGACUUAAAUAAUAUCAAAAGCAUCUAUAAUGAUGUGUCACAGCUGAGAGCCACUUACAAUGUGUAUAAGGCUGUGUAUGCAAUAGCUCAAGCUGUACAUGAUUUGCUUUUGUGUAAAAGUGGAAAUGGACCUUUUGAGAAUGAAACAUGCUCAGACAUGACUAACCUUCAACCGUGGCAGCUCACCCAUUACCUCAGUAAGGUCAAUUGUAAAAGCCCAGUAGGAGAAUACAUACAUUUUGAUGAAAAUGGAGAUUCAAGUGCAUCAUAUGAUAUAAUUAACUGGCAAAUGGCUGCAGAUGGAUCUGUUAAGUUUGUUAAAGUGGGCCAGUUUGAUGCAACGGAGGGGUCUAAAAAUGAAUUUGAAAUUGAUGAAGAAAAGAUUGUCUGGAGUGGAGGACAAAGCAAGGUUCCGAAGUCAGUAUGUACAGAAAGCUGCCCGCCUGGGACUCGAAGAGCAGUUCAAAAGGGACAGCCGGUCUGUUGUUUUGAUUGUUUGCCAUGCCCUGGUGGAGAAAUUAGUAAUCAAACAGAUGCUAUAGAAUGUGAAAAAUGCCCGAGCAAUUAUUGGUCCCACAUCCAAAAAACCAAGUGCAUUCCAAAGGAAAUUGAAUACCUGGCCUAUGAAGAAACCAUGGGAAUUAUUUUAGCUGUAGUUGCAAUAUCUGGAGCUGGCAUCACUGCAGCUGUAAUCACUGUCUUCUUCUAUUAUAAAGACACUCCAAUUGUAAAAGCCAACAACUCUGAGUUAAGUUUUCUGCUCUUGUUUUCACUGAUAUUAUGUUUUCUUUGUUCGCUUACUUUUAUUGGUCAGCCUUUAACCUGGUCAUGCAUGCUGCGACACACUGUGUUUGGCAUCAGCUUCGUUCUCUGCAUCUCAUGUGUUUUAAGCAAGACAGUUGUUGUACUAAUGGCAUUCAAAGCCGCGCUUCCUGGCAGCAAUGUAAUGAGGUAUUUUGGUCCUAUGCAGCAAAGAGCAGGCAUCUGUUUCUGCACAUUGGUGCAGGUUGUGAUUUGUAUGCUGUGGCUGACACUAUAUCCUCCAUUUCCCUCCAAAAACACCCAACAGAGCGAAAAAAUUAUUCUAGAGUGUAACAUUGGCUCUGUGUUGGGCUUUGCCUCUGUAUUAGGUUACAUUGGUGCACUGGCAUGCAUGUGCUUUGUCCUUGCAUUCUUAGCUAGGAAGCUUCCAGACAACUUCAAUGAAGCUAAGUUCAUCACUUUCAGCAUGCUCAUCUUUUGUGCCGUUUGGAUCACAUUCAUACCAGCUUAUGUUAGUUCCCCUGGAAAAUACACAGUAGCUGUAGAGAUAUUUGCUAUUUUGUCUUCCAGCUAUGGCCUCCUUGUCUGCAUAUUUGUCCCAAAGUGUUACAUUAUCUUGCUAAAACCAGAAAAGAAUACUAAAAAACAGAUGAUGAGUAAAGGAUAAGCCAAAACACACUUUAAAAGAUCUUUAUUUGUAUAUUGCAGCAUAAUAUUUAAUGUUCUUUACUGGGACAUUUUGAAGUACAGUACCCUUGCCAAUACAGACACUGCAUGAUACAAGGAGACAUACUAACCCCACAGAACAAAAAUAAAUGGAAGAAUAGAUACAAGUAGCCUACUAAAUUGUUAAAAUUAAGUACAUGAUUAAAAGAGGGCAUAUAAACUCAUACUGUGCAGUUUAAACUAAUUGAUCAAUAGAUUGGAAAAGGGCAAAAAGGGUUCAGAAAUACUGAUGGAAUCUAGUGGUUUGAAACGCAAGAUGUGGACUACAAUAAUACAAAUCUGGAAGUCUAAUUGCUUUUACAAAGAAAAAUGGACUGAUACCAAUAGAAAACAAAAGCAGCAGGUAGGCUAUGUGUUUUAC